CUCAAGGACGCACAGAACAGAGUAGUGUAAACCAGCCGUCACAGAGCAUGUUGAGUCCGUCUGAUUUGAAUAUGAUGGUUGUGAGAGAACAGACACCGUCGGAAGCGCUUGCAAUAGUCCCGAUUCAGGUUUUUGCGCCGGCAUCCCAAACAACCACUGAGACAGAUUUUGAACCAACCCCUAUGCUACAGAUUGAAGGGACUACAGAAACCACUCCUGAAACCCCCAAACAACUUCAAGAGACCACACCCACGCUUCCCCCAGCUCCAACUAAAAUUCAUCCAGCCGCAGAAGACGCUGCUGCCCUGUUGAUGAUGGCACGAACAGCAACCUAUGUUCCUAAAACAGAUCCAGGGGUGCCAUCAUUCAGCCUUGGAUUGACUGAUUCAAGCCAGGAGGGGGCAUCAACGCAGGAGACAGAAAGGGCAAAAUCUCCAGAAGCUGCAAAUUUGAUAGAACAAUUAGACGAUUUGAGCAUGGCACUUUCGGAUCACCCAGAGGGGGAAUUCAUAUCAUCGAAAACGAAUAAGGAAUUCAGGAUUUUUGCACCUGUUUGCCACUCGGGACAUUGGUGGUUAUGGCUGAUAAAUACAACGAAGCGGAAAUGUCAUAUACUUGACCCGCUACACAAAAAAGCUCCAAGCGAAGAGAGAAAGCAAAUUAAUAAAUUCACUGGAUAUGUAUUUUCAAGAUUGAGAGCAUAUGCCGGCGGGGAACCUCUGCAGAAAGACGAGAAGGAGAAGGAAAUUAAAGCAUCAUAUGUUAAAAUAUCAGGCCAAAAAACAAGGAGGAGGUGGACCACUAUAGAGUGGAGUAUGCUUCCCGGAUACUAUUCAGUGAGAUGAAUAAACAGAGAGAUCGGGCAAUUAGAGAGAGUAGUGCUAUAAGGCUGUCGAAGCCAUCCUCUGUAUUAUUGAGUCCGUUUUGUCAGAUAAAUUCUGCUGAUAUAGAAACUGCGUAAUCCAACUGCUGGGUAGUUUGUAAAUUGAACAAAUGAUGUAAAUAUUUGCCAUUUAUCAACAACUUCUAUUCCAUGUA